AUGGCCAACAAUCCAAAUCAAACGAAAGUUCUAAACGAAGUCUUGAAAAUGAACGAUUCGUUUCGUACAUUUAACAUGUAUGAAAAUAUAGAACCAUUGUCAGAUGAAAUCAAAGUUUUUCGUUGCGAAGAAGCGGAUGAAACUUCGUCGAUUAAUAGUGCGCUUAGUGCAAUUUCUUUACGUUCAAUAUCAAGUAAUCGUUGCAAUGAAAAUCUUUCGACGAACGAUGAUGUUCAACAAAGAUUAAAACGCAUCCAUAAGCUAGCAGCGACCAGAAAAGAAAAUAAAGACAAUGAACAAGACACAAUUCCAACUCGACUUCAACAAAAUAAUAACCAUGACGAUGAAGAAGAAGAUUAUGACGAAGAAAAAGGUGCUCAAUUAUUACAAGAAAUGAUCGCUUCAGUAUUGAAACCCAAGAGUAGACAGAAAGAAGCUUUCAUUCAAAAUAUGAAUUUCAAACCAGAUAUAGUGACAAGCACAACAGAUAAAAAGUAUCGUGUUCAACAAUACGAUAAAUCGGAGAAAAAUACUCGAAUCUAA